GGAGCCCUAGGGCUGUGCGCCGGGACCUGAGCGGUGACACUCUCCGCGAACGGCGGAGGCGCUGGGUACAGGGCUCUGGACGCGCUCCCGCCGAUCCCGCGACCGAGUCGGACGGCGACUUUCUGCUGGAUAAACGCCGCGGCGGCGACGCGAGGCCGGGUGCAGCUUCGGUGGCCGAAUUUCGCCGCUGCUACUGCAGCCUGCGAGGAGAGCAGCCCUCCAGGACCUGCCUGUCCCGGAGAGGACGUGGAGAGUUCCCGGCAGAAAGAGCGGGCCGAGGAGGCGCGGCGGGGCGUGCGGGCAUUGCCCUGCACCCGGCGUCCGAGCCGCAGGUGGACAAGGGUCCGACCCCCAAGAGGCGGAGAGGUGGCCUACCUAGCAGAAGGUAAUUUUGAACAUUAGGCAUGGAAAUUUUGGUGUUUGUCUGCAGCAAUUUCUUCGACCCCUAAGUUCUUCAAGCUUCCAGUCUUCUGUGCUUAUAAAGGCUGCUAGGCUUCUUUCCCGUGGUGAGGCCUUUCUGGGUCUCUGUAUCUGGUUGACCAUGGGUAGCACCUUGGGCUGCCAUCGCUCCAUCCCCAGAGACCCCUCAGACUUAUCGCACAGCCGCAAGUUCAGUGCAGCCUGCAAUUUCAGCAACAUCCUGGUGAAUCAGGAGCGGCUCAACAUCAACACUGCUACUGAAGAGGAGCUCAUGACCCUUCCUGGGGUGACACGUGCCGUGGCCCGCAGCAUCGUGGAAUACCGAGAAUACAUCGGUGGCUUCAAGAAGGUAGAGGACCUAGCACUGGUCAGCGGUGUGGGGGCCACCAAACUGGAGCAAGUGAAGUUUGAGAUCUGUGUGAGCAGCAAGGGUAGCUCUGCACAGCACUCUCCCAGUUCCCUGAGGCGAGACCUGCUAGCAGAGCAGCAGCCUCACCAUUUGGUCACUGCUGUGCCCCUCACUCCUCGAGUCAAUAUCAACACAGCCACCCUGGCUCAGCUCAUGAGUGUGCGAGGCCUCACAGAGAAGAUGGCUGUCAGCAUCGUGGACUACCGCCGGGAACACGGCCCUUUUCGAAGUGUUGAGGACCUGGUAAGGAUGGAUGGAAUCAAUGCAGCCUUCUUGGACAGAAUAAGGCACCAGGUGUUCGCAGAGAGGUCCAGGCCUCCAUCUACCCACACCAAUGGGGGCCUGACCUUCACUGCCAAGCCUCAUCCCAGUCCCACCUCACUGAGCCUGCAGAGUGAGGACUUGGACCUGCCCCCAGGGGGACCCACGCAAAUUAUCUCCAUGAGACCCUCCGUGGAGGCCUUUGGAGGUAUGAGGGAUGGAUGUCCUGUGUUUAGGCUGGCCACCUGGAACUUGCAGGGCUGCUCUGUGGAGAAGGCCAACAACCCUGGGGUACGAGAGGUGGUGUGCAUGACGCUCCUGGAAAACAGCAUCAAACUUCUAGCUGUGCAAGAACUGCUUGACAAAGAGGCCCUGGAAAAGUUCUGUACAGAGCUAAACCAGCCGAUCCUGCCCAACAUUCGCAAGUGGAAAGGGCCCCGAGGAUGCUGGAGGUCCAUUGUCUCAGAGAAGCCCUCAAGUCAGCUCCAGAAGGGACCGUGCUAUUCUGGAUUCCUGUGGGACACAGCAGCCAGCGUGGAGCUCAGAGACAUCACUGGGCUGGAGGGCUCACCCAGCAAUGGUCAUGGGAAGCCCACAGAUCCCAGCCCAUUCCUCACCAGGUUCAAGGUGGGAAGUAAUGACUUGACCCUGGUUAACCUUCAACUGACAGCCCUGGCCCUCCCAGGGGCAGAGACCUCAAGCAGGAACCACAGUGACAGUCACCGACUGUUGAGCUUUGCACUGACUCUACAGGAAACUCUGAAAGGAGAAAAAGAUGUUGUUAUUUUAGGGGAUUUUGGCCAAGGGCCAGAUAGCAGUGAUUAUGAUAUCCUAAGGAGAGAAAAAUUCCACCAUGUGGUACCAGCACAAACCUUCACCAACAUCAGCACCAGGAAUCCUCAAGGCUCCAAGUCUAUGGACAACAUCUGGAUCAGUAAAAGCUUAAAGAAGGUGUUCACAGGUCACUGGGCUGUUGUAAGAGAAGGUCUUACGAACCCUUGGAUUCCAGAUAACUGGUCCUGGGGUGGAGUAGCUUCUGAGCAUUGCCCUGUGCUUGCAGAGUUUUACAUGGAGAAGGACUGGAGCAAGAAAGAAGGCCCUAGGAAUGGCAAUGGGGUCACCUUGGAGCGAAGUGAAGCCAACAUUAAGCAUGAGCGAUGAUAUUUCCACCCCCUGACCCAGGAGGGCGCAGGAAGGAGUUGACACUACUGGGUCAGAUGAUCCCAGGCUUUUGAAUCAUCAUUCUGAGAACCUUGGGCCUGGGCCCUGGCCCACCACCUCCUUCGUGGACACUUUAGAACCUCUCCUGAGGGGAGCCUGUCAACACUGGCUAUGCUGGACAUCAUGACAGAAGUUGACAAGAACUGCAAUGUCUUGGGUAUGGGAGCUGAGUUCAGAGGCCGGGGCAGCUUAGUGCUGCAGGCUGUGUGGUGUGGCAGUAUGUGAACAGCAGCAGAGGUGAAGCAGAGCCAGGGUGAUGGCCCAGGCUGCCAAGCCUUGCCCCAGCAGUGCCAGAGCUCUGAGAUCUCAGGAUGUGAUAUUCUGCCUGAAAAUUCCAGGAAGCUUUUAACUGUGAUAAAUGCACUUCUCAAUGAAUGCACUUCUUAAAGAUUUUUAGUUUUUUGUUGAAAAAUAAAUAAAUAGAUUAAAGUGUCUGUCUACAGUGAGGAUGUGGGAUGGGUGUCCCUGCCAUGAGUGCUUUGUCACUCUAGUCAGACCCUCUCUGUGUGCUGUGGCCAUCCACUCCCAAAUGCCUUUUCCUACCCUGCUCCUCUUCCAACCCCACCUGAGACCUGCAUGGGUCCCUCUCACACCCCUGUCCUCUUCCCUGGCAUCCCUAUAAGAGCUGCGUUGUCUCCUCCUUCACCUUCUUCCUCUGGAUUCCUUUGCAGGCUUUUUCCUUGGAGCACGACUUAGUAUCUGGGCCCUUAGUGUAGGGCAUGUAUCUAUCACCAGGACUCAUUUCCUCCCCUUUCCUCACACACUCCAGUAUUCAUUCCAGCGGGUUCCCAGCCCCAAGCCUCCCUUUGCUGACUCUGAGGCACACACAGUAUUUGUAUCAGCAUGUUCUGCUCUGGUAGACCCAGCCAAACAGAGAUGAAAAAUAAAAUUUUUA